AUGGAAGAGACAGGUGACAUUCAGAGCUGCCAUGAUAAGCAUGAAGAGGACAUCCCGAAGAGUUCCCCAUUUGACUUUGUUAUAAAACAGUUCAAAGGGAAGAGGUCCUCUCCUGGAAGAAGUAAAGAUCAGCCUUCAGCCAUCAAAAAAAUCUUCAGGGGCUUUGACUUUGGGAAAUCUGAAGGCAAGGACAGAAAGGAAAUUGAAGAAACAGAAAUAAACAUAGAAAUAAACAACUCUGGAGCUGAUGAUCAACGUGAGAAGCAAGAUCCCGCUGUAGAAGAUGGACUUUCACAUCUCAUUUCUGAAGCAGAAUCACCACCUGGUGAGCAGAGAUUUAACCAUUUCAUGCAGAAACUGGGAAAGAAAUCCAACAGCAAGAAUCUGGAUCUAAAUAAUUGUGCAUUAAAUGCAGCAGAUGUAACAGAGCUGGCUUCUUUACUGCCAUUUCUGCCACAGCUGGAAGUGAUCAGCCUGUCCUGGAAUGGUUGUGUUGGUGGGACUUUGAAAGCUCUCACUGUUCAUCUUCAUCAUGUGAACCUGUUAAAAGUCCUUCGACUUAGCAACUGCAGGCUGACAGCUGAGGAUGUCACCUCCUUAGGGGAGGCAUUUGACAUUGUUCCUCAGCUUGAAGAAUUGGAUUUAUCAUGGAACAGUAACAUAGGUGGAAAACUAUCACUCCUGACAAAGAAACUUCAGAAAGGAUGCAAGUUAAAACUUCUGAAAAUUACAGACUGUAACUUGACGGCAAAGGAUGGAGAAUCCCUUGCUGAAAUUCUAAAUGUGAUCCCAAACCUUGAAGUAUUAGAUCUCUCUAUCAACAAACAUAUCGGCUGCAGCAUGAAGGUUAUCGCUCAGGAUCUGAAAAAUGUGCCAGGCUUGAAAGAGUUAAACUUGCACAUGUGUGGGUUAAAGCAAGACAGCCUCCAGGGCUUAGAUACUGCUUUACAGCAUCUUGCCGAGCUAAGAAAAUUAGACAUAUCAUGUAACAAAGAGAUUGGUGGUGGCUUUAAAGACUCGACAGCUCAUUUGGCCAGCUUGAAAAAUCUCGAAGUCCUUGAUCUCCACCAGUGCUGCAUAACAGAAGCGGACAUGACCAUUUUGUCCCAGGUGAUACCUUUACUCUCCAGUCUUCAAGAGCUGAAUUUAUCCUCGAAUAGAAAUGUAGGAGUCUCAUCUGAUCCUCUUCUGGGCAGGCUCAGGUUUUUACCAAAGUUGAAAUCUGUGUCCAUCAGCAAUUGUGAUUUAGGCGAAGACUCGUUUUCAUCACUAGCUGAGGCUGCCCUUCACCUUCCUGAACUGGAGAUAUUAGACCUUUCUUGGAAUAAGUGCGUUGGUGGGAACCUAAAGCUGCUUUUGGGAGCACUAAAGCUUGCAACGGAGAUUCAAGUGUUAAGACUGAGCAGCUGUAACUUGGUGGCUGAAGAUUUGGCACUCCUAACAUUACUGACGCAGGACAGCCAUCUAGCCAGAUUACGGAAGCUGGAUUUGAGUUAUAAUAACAACAUCUCUGAUGAAGGGUGGGUCGUCUUCUGUCAGGGCUUAGUAGUAUUCAAAGAACUCUCAGAGCUGGACGUCAGUCUUCGCCCAUCGUCCUGCCGUGACUGUGGGAUGUGGUUCGGUGAGUUGUUAGCAGCCCUGACAAAGCUGCCGGCCCUGGCAGAGCUGGGGAUGCAAAGAUGGGUACUUUCAGAAUCGCAGCGAAAACAACUGGAAAGCUUUAAUCAAGACAACAAAAGAAACAUUCGUUUUGACUGUUGAUGGAGGUUGAAGGUUUCUGGAAGGCCUUUCACAAGCA